CUCAAUGAUCAUCCAUUAAAUUCAUUCAAUCAAUCAACACUAGCAAAACCAAAUAGAACCCAAACCCCAAAUCAAAUCCAACAGAGAAAGAAAAAAUGGGAAACAGUCUAAGGUGUUGUUUAGCUUGUGUUCUUCCAUGUGGAGCAUUAGAUGUGAUCCGAAUUGUUCAUUUGAAUGGUCAUGUUGAAGAAUUAACACGUCCAAUUUCAGCCGGUGAAGUAUUAAAAGCAAACCCAAAUCAUGUCAUCAGUAAACCUUCAUCUCAAGGUGUUGUCCGUCGCAUUCUAAUCUUAUCUCCUGAAACUGAACUUAAACGAGGUAAUAUCUAUUUCUUGAUUCCAUCUUCUUCUUUACCCGAAAAGAAACGGAAGCAAUUGAAGAAGAAAAUUGCCAAGACAAACUCAUCACUAGUACCCACAACAGUUUCACCAACUAAAGCAUCACAAGAAGAGACCGAGGCCGAUUAUAAGGUUGUUGAUUGCGAUAAAUAUUUAUCGGGACUUCUGUCGGAAAAGAAAUCUUCUUCACGAAGACUUCGCAAGAGUCGAUCUAUCGUAUGGAGACCACAUCUUGAUAGCAUCAAUGAAGAUUUAUAACAUUUUUUCUUCAGUUGUCGAGAUCUGGUAUAAACAUGCCGGACAGGCGAAUGAUGAAUAAUGUACAAUGUUCUCCCGGUGGUUGCAUUUCAUAGUUACCUUAUGUUCUUUUUUUUAUGUAACGUCGGGGUUACAUUCUCUUCAUGUGGAUAUCAUAAAACUGUUCUUUUUUAUUUCAUUUUUGAACUCAAACUGCAUGUUAGUUGAAACUGCAGAUUUGGAGUACUUGUAUUUUGCAAAUUAAUUUGGAAUACAAGAUGAUGAAUUUUAGAUUAAAA